AUGAAGUGGUUUAGUUCUUCUCUUACUCUUGCGCUCAUCGCGCCUUCUCAGGCUGCCCUCCGCUUCGGAUGUUCAACAAUCAGUAUCCAACGUCUUGAUCCUCUUGUGGAACCGGGAAAGAUCCCUUCUGCACAUGUCCAUCAGAUCGUUGGUGGAAAUGCUUUCAACGCUACAAUGCCAUCAACCGAUGUUGGCGACCAUGCUGAUUGUACAACGUGCGUCUUUUCGGAGGACUUUUCUAAUUACUGGACCGCAACGAUGUACUUCAAAGCUCGUAAUGGGACAUACAGUAAGUUCUUGAUCCAAAGAAAAGUAAAAUUACAAUAGAAGGUUACUCAACUCCGACUAGAACGGGUUCCGAUCAUUGCGAACGCGCAACUCACCAAUGGUAUCAAGGGUGGAAUGACGAUUUAUUAUACACAACAGGAUUUCAACUCCAAUGGGAAGCAGAAGAUUACUGCUUUUCCACCUGUGAGUCUACGAAAUCCCUUUGAUUUUAUGAGCUAAUAAGUCCAGGGAUUCCGAAUGACCGUCGGCAGCCCUACCACAAACAACAGAGCUGAUGCAGUCAAAAACACAGGGCUCAGAUACACCUGUUUGGACACAAUAUUGACCAGAGGGGCCGAGACUCCGGACUUCCCCUCCAAGCCAUGCAAAGCUGGUAUCAUGGCAAUCCAUCACUUCCCAGCGUAAGCCAUUCCAAUACCUCAACCAUAAACGCCACAUUAGCUAACAAAACCCCAAGAUGCUGGAACGGAAAAGACGUAGACUCCCCCGACCACCAAAGCCACAUGUACAACACAGGCAAAGGCGGUUUCCAAGUCGCCGGCGCCUGCCCUUCCAGCCACCCCGUCCGAAUGCCACAGCUGGCAUACGAAACCAUCUGGGACACCACCGGCUUCAACGACAAAUCCUUAUGGCCAGCUGACGGCUCCCAGCCUUUUGUCUGGAGUACGGGUGAGACGAAGGGAUACUCCACGCAUGGUGAUUAUGUUUUUGGGUGGAAGGGAGAUAGUCUCCAACGCGCGAUGGAUAAUUCUUGUAUGUUUCAGAAUUGUGAGAAUGGGAGGCCGUUGAAGAGUCAGACUGCCGAGGCGAUGAAUAAGUGUGCGGUUAAGAAUUGGAUUCCUGAUGAGAAGGUUGAUGGUUGUGAGUUCCCUGUCUGUCUGUUCUUUGGAGAUGGGAUUGUGCUAAUGAGAUUUUGAUAGGGCUUAUGGAGCUUCCUGGUAACCCAAUGCCUAUGUGAUUAUGGAAUAUUGGAUUGGAGAGGUCGUUUUGUAUAGGCUCGAUGCAUAUGGGGUUACAUACGCAUUCGCUAAUCAGUUUUCGUUGGUGGACUAGGACUCUGUGUGUAAGAUGUUAUUUCGAUUAGCUUCUUGUUCGUCCACCUAGUCUUUAAUAUAAUUUGCGUCGAUUUGAGAAGCAGCUCGGUCGCCUGGAUGAGAUGAGUGCCGUACUCGAGUGCCAUUCAAAGUAACUUGAUAGCUCUUAGUAGCGAACCAAGAAUUAAGUAAACGAUGAAGCAUUGAGUGGAAGGGCCAAUCUAUAUCUCUGCCAAUCCACACACCCUGUUGUUAUUUACCAACCUCGUCCCAACCCACAGACAUGGGUUCUGGUGGGGCAGUGAUCAGGGGUGGUGAAAACGCUGCCAUCAAAGAGCGGCAAGAUUCUAAAAGUAAUAAGUCUGCCUUCACAAUAAUCACAACCAAUCCAAUUGCCAAAGUCAAAAACUCGGCAAUAAUGACAUCGAUACUUCGCAUCAUUUUCAGGUUUUCAACUGUCUUAAUACCAACACUGGCCACUCUCUACAUCACCCUUCUCGGAUGUCUCACAACACCAACCUUCCAAUCACACGUAGUCUAUCUCCACAAGAUACAAACAACAUGGUUCAAAGACUUCGACAUCCCCGAACAAUUCGGCUUCUUAUACAACUAAGUUACCCCUUUCUGGAUAAAAUCCUCUGAGAGCAGGUGUUUAUAUGCCUGGCACCUCUUGCCCAUCGAAUUAUAUCGUAGAGACGAGACCGAUUUGAUUUCAGAAUCCUCUGGUAUAGCCUCCAAUUUCGAGUCUCGUCUUGCCUUCAAGCUGCUUCGAGAUGACCCCGAGGCGCGACUUAUCAUCCAUUUCCACGGCGCGGCUGGCACGGUGGGAUCAGGCUAUCGAACAUCGAAUUAUCGUGCGCUCUCAGCGGGUUCACCGGGGAUGAUUCAUGUCUUGACGUUUGACUAUCGGGGGUUUGGUAAAAGCGAUGGUGUUCCUUCGGAAAGUGGACUUAUCCUGGAUGCCCUUUCAGUCAUGGAUUGGGCGAUGGAUAUAGCUGGUAUCCCACCCUCUCGCAUCCUGAUAUUUGGCCAAUCUCUAGGAACAGCAGUUAGUCUAGCCGUAGCGGACCACUUUGCUGCUCAAUCACCACCGGUGAAUCUCGCAGGUAUUAUCUUGGUCGCGCCUUUUGUCGAUGUAGGAACACUGGUUGCCACUUACCGCGUAGCGGGCCUCAUUCCGAUUCUCUCUCCGAUUGCAAGGUUUCCCUCGUUAUUCGGAUAUCUCAGGACGUUUAUCCGGGAUUCAUGGUUGAGUAGGGAUAGGAUUGUCUCUUAUAUCAAGGCUGCUGAAAAGAGUAAUGUGCCUUAUCGAAUCACGAUCAUUCAUGCUGAGGAUGAUUAUGAUGUUCCUUGUUAUCACUCGCAGACACUGUUUUGGCAUGCGGUUAAUGCUACACUGUCGGGUGGGAUGGGUAAAGAAGGGUUUGAGAUGAGGAAAGAUGGGUUGAGGAUGAGCUUGGGCUCUGCUGGGACUGUGGUGGAAUGGCGAGCUGGGAAUGGUGUUUUGAAGGAGGAGAUUUUGAAGUAUGGGCUUCAUGAUGUUGUUAUGGGGAAUACGGUUAUUACGAUGGCUGUUAUGCGUAUUAUAAGUGGUGUGGAUGUAACUUUGAGGAGGGGGCUGAAAUGA